GCGUGCCAUGCGCGCGGGAGGGCGGGUCCAGCGGCGUUAACUCCUCCGUGACCGGUGACCGCCUCCGGCGGCGGCGAUCCCCGGGGGCUCUGCCCUGUGCCAUGGCCCAGGCGGCCUGAGCCGGGGGCGGGGGCAGCCCCAUGCGGCUCGAGUAGCGCCCGUCCCCGAGGGAGCGGAGCGCGAUGGCUGACACGGUGCCCGCCGAGCCGGUGCUCGCCGAGCCCGAGCCGCAACCCCAGCGCGAACCGCAACCCAGCUGCGAGCCCGAACCCGAGUUGCGGCCGGAGCCACAACGAGGCAGCGCGGAGGAUGGAGAAGCCGAGCGGCUGCCUCCCCCCGGGGCGGAGGAGGCGGCGGCAGCGGGAGGCGCCGAGGGGCCGCCGCCGGCGGCGGGUGGAGCGGCGCGUCCCGGCCUGGGGCCGCGGUACCGGGCGGCGGUGGGCCGAGCUGAGGAGUGGCCGGUGAAGAAGAAACACCGUCGGCGGCCGUCGAAGAAGAAGCGUCGCUGGAAGCCGUACUCGAAGCUCAGCUGGGAGGAGAAGCAGCAGUUCGACGAGCGGCAGAGCCUCCGCGCCUCCCGGCUGCGGGCUGAGAUGUUCGCCAAGGGGCAGCCGGUGGCUCCCUACAACACGACGCAGUUCCUGAUGGAGGACCACGACCAGGAGGAGCCCGAUCUGAAAACGGGGCUGUACCCGCGGCGGGCGGCAGCCAAGUCGGACGACACGAGCGAGGAGGAUUUCCUGGAGGAGGCGGCGGACGAGGACGGUGGAAGCGACGGGAUGGGGGGUGACGGCAGCGAGUUUCUGCAGAGGGACUUCUCGGAGACGUACGAGCGGUACCAUGUGGAGAGCCUGCAGAACAUGAGCAAGCAGGAGCUGGUGAAGGAAUACCUGGAGCUGGAGAAAUGCCUUUCCCGUAUGGAAGAGGAGAACAACCGACUAAGGAUGGAGAGCAAAAAACACGGGGGGGAGGCGGCGGAGGCGGCGCGGGUGCGGCAGCUGGAGCUGGAGGUGGACAGAUUGAGAACCGAGAACCUGCGGCUGCAGCGGGAGCAGGACGCGCCCCGCUCCGAGAAGGGCCCCUGCAAGCCGGGGGAGUGACCGGGCCCGGCCUCGAGCGCCGGGGGGGGGGGGGCGGGGGUGUUGAUGUGUUGGUGGUUUCGGGUUUAUGAUUUUCAUUUUUUUGUGUCUAAACCAAGAAGUGGGGAAAAAAAAAAACCAACAAAAACCCUCCAGGGAAGCUGUAAAUUGGCCUAAACUGACUAAAAAAAUAUAGGUCUAAUAAAUUUAAUUACUUGUAAC